UGCACACUGGACCGGAGAAAGAGCACCAUGUGGGCAACAGCCUCUCACUGACCAGACAGCCAUGUCGCUGCUCCACACGGCCAGUAUCUGCUGCCUGGUGGCAACAGCGUCGUUCCUACAUUCACCUCAGACUGACGACGCCCAGGACAAUGCAAACGCCCUGCUAGCCGAGGAAAGCCAAGGACUCGAGGAUCUGGAUGAGGACUUGUUCAGGGCCUACAAGUCAAACUACACGCGCUUCUUUGAAGACCUUUUGAUUCCUCAGACGUGCUGGUACAACAGCGUCAAGUUCGACUGUGGACUAAGCAUUUCGUGCGUGUUUGCGGGCGGGAAACCCCUGGACCUGUGCAGCGGUGGGCUCAUCUGGAGCUGCUGUGUGUCCCGCGACAAGAUCCACUCCGACCAUCAGAAACCCAACGUGGGUGCACUCGAGAAUGCCACACUGCAGUUCCUAUUGAACUACCACCAGAGCGGUAACAACGACCUGGAGUAUGGGAACAACGUAGCAGGAAGCAUCAACCGACCGCACAUCUACUACAGCUACCCCCCAAGCAACCAUUUCAACAACCACCACGUGUACAACCGACCCACCACAACUCCGCCCGAUCUCAAUAACCACCACGUGUACAACCGCCCAACUCCACUCCCACAAGACCACAACCACCACGUGUACAACCGCCCCACUGUUCCUCCGCCCGAUCUCAACAACCACCACGUGUACAACCGCCCAACUCCAAUCCCACCAGAUCACAACCACCACGUGUACAACCGCCCGAAUCAGCCUCCACAGAGCAACCCAGACAUCGUCUAUGUGAGGCCAGGCUACGUGGGGCCAAUAAAGCCAGAAUUCGAUCACCCGCACGUCGGAGGGGCGACACCUGUCAACAGACCGCCCAUAGAGUCGCAGUCACCCGACGUCUUACAGCGGCCCACAGUUCGCCCAAUUCUGCCGCCCAGCCAUGUGUCUCCCCCGGGCAGCAACAGGGCUUGUGGAGAGAUGUAUACACGAAGUAACCGCAUAGUGGGUGGUCACAAUUCUAACUUUGGUAGCCAUCCAUGGCAAGUAGCACUCAUCAAGACUGGUUUCUUGUCCAAGAAACUAUCCUGUGGGGGUGCAUUGCUCAACAACAGGUGGAUUGUGACAGCUGCUCAUUGUGUUGCCACCACCACAAACGGCAACCUGAGAGUGCGUCUUGGAGAGUGGGAUGUGAGAGACCAGACAGAGAGACUCCACCAUGAGGAGUAUGGUGUGGAGCGUAAAGAGGUACACCCACAAUAUAGUCCAACAGACUUCCGCAAUGAUGUGGCUCUUGUGAAACUGGACAAGGCAGUGAUGUUCAAACAGCACAUCAUCCCUGUGUGCUUGCCUGACACCAAUGUGAAACUUGUGGGCAAGACAGCCACUGUUGCAGGCUGGGGCAGAACUCGUCAUGGGGUGUCAACUGUACCAACUGUACUGCAGGAAGUGGAUGUUGAAGUAAUAUCCAAUGACCGAUGUCAACGUUGGUUUCGAGCUGCUGGACGGCGGGAAACCAUACAUGAUGUGUUCCUGUGUGCAGGAUUCAAGGAAGGUGGCAGGGACAGCUGUCAGGGUGACUCUGGAGGCCCACUGACAACAACAAUGGAUGGUCAUAAGGUUCUAAUUGGACUGGUGUCAUGGGGAAUUGGCUGUGGAAGAGAACAUCUUCCAGGGGUUUAUACAAACAUACAGAAAUUUGUACCAUGGAUAGACAAAGUCAUGGUGUAACACAUAAAAUUAUUAAAACAGUUCUGAAAAUAAAGCAGGGAGCAGAAAGUGAA